UUGUUUAUUUAUCUUUCCUCCAGAGAGAAGCCCUCCUAGCUAGUUGGGAGCAUCCCGUUUUUGCGAUCCUGUGGGCUGGUUUGUCCUGUGGUGUUGCUGGGCGGCAGUCGGUCGCCUCGGUGUCUCGUCUUCUCCUCCUCCUCCAAAUUCUAAUUGCAGAAGAAGAAUGAGGGCAGAGCAAGGCGAUCCACCCUCGGCAGGUUUACAGUUGGAGGGUGCACUGGAACAAGAAGGAAAAACAGAAGAGGAAAAGGAUAGAAGACUUAAAGGGGUCGCAAAGGACUCUCCUGUCCUCUGGCCUCAGAGGAGUAGAGGAUGCUGGGAGGGAAAGGAUGAUGCUGUCUUAGUUGAGGAUGAUUCCGCCCCAUUAGCUGGACCACAGGAUCAGAUGUCUAAUCCAGAUCAGUGCAAGGAUCUGUUUUUAUCCAAAGAAAUGCAGAACCUGGAUAGAGGAGGUCGCCUGCACCAUGACACACCAGCAAAGGGUCUGGCCAAAGAUGUCAUCCUGAGGAACUUCAACAAGGAUGAAGAGCCUGUGACUUUUGAGGAAGUGGCCGUGCGUUUCUCUGAAGGCGAGUGGGGGCUGCUGGAUCCUGGCCAGAGAGCUCUGUACCGAGACGUCAUGGUGGAGAACUACGGGAACGUCGCUUCCCUGGAAGGGGCGCCAGUUCUGAAACCUGAUCUCAUCUCCUGGUUGGAAGAAAAGGACGAGAGGUUUGAUGAAGACUCAGAGGAUGACAGAGAAAGAGUUCCAACAGGUGAGGCCCAGCGCAGUGAAAUCAAGAAAGCACCCACGGAGAUGACAGCAGAAGGAGGGCAGGACCAGGACGUGGAGGAGGCGGUUGCCGACCAAAGCGAAUCGAGGAGGCCGGAGGAAGACCCGCAGAGAGAAACCUGCCCGGAGACAUCAGGAGCUGAUGAAAUGGCGACGGAGGUCAGUGUGGAGAUAUUUCCAGAGCAAGGCCAGGUGGCAGAAGAGUCGUCUCAAGUUUUGCCAGGGAGUUCUCAAGAGGGCCUGUCCUUGGUGACUGAGGUGGCUGAGAGUGAUGCCUGGGAGAGUGACAGCGAGUGGGAACCCUACGAGGUCCUGUCGGAAGACACAGAGGACGAACGGAUGAGAACCCACUUCGGGGAUACAGGACGGCCAGAGAGAGACGAGGACAACCCAGCAAAAGAGUGGGGCAGCAAACCCAGCUCCCCGGGGAGUGAAUUCGGCGGCGUGCCGGUCCCCCCAAAAGUCUACAAGGGCAAGAGAAAAAACCAGUGCAAAGUCUGUGGGAAGAGCUUCACCCGGAAAGCCAGUCUCAAGGUGCACCAGAGAAUCCACACGGGGGAGAAGCCCUACAAGUGCACCGUCUGCAGCAAAGGCUUCUGCGACAAAACCAGCUUCCUCCGACACCAGAGGAUCCACACCGGCGAGAAACCGUAUAAAUGCCCCGAGUGUGGGAAGAGCUUCAACCGGACCACCAACCUGAUAACCCACCAGAAAACCCACGUGGAGACCAGGGAGAAGACGUUCCACUGCUCCAGCUGCAGCAAGAGUUUUUACAACAAGUACAGCCUCAAGACCCACUGGCGGAGCCACACCGGGGAGAAGCCCUACAAGUGUUCCAGCUGCAGCAAGAGCUUCUGCGACAAGUCCAACCUGGAAGCUCACUGGCGGGUGCAUACGGGCGAGCGGCCGUUCGAGUGCACCGAGUGCGGGAAGAGCUUCAGCGACCGCAGGACCCUCCUCCGGCACCAGAGGAUCCAUACGGGGGAGAAGCCCUACAAAUGCUCCGAGUGCGGGAAGAGCUUCAAUGACCUGGCGACCCUCCUCCGACACCAGAAGAUCCAUACGGGGGAGAAGCCCUACCGGUGCACCGAGUGCGGGAAGAGCUUCAACCAGAGCUCGCACCUCAUCCGGCACCAGAACACCCACGACGCGAAGCGCCACAAGAGCGGCGGGCGGGGGGCCAAAGCCGCCGUCGGAACCAGCAUCUUCCUGGACCUCGGGGGUUUUGCCCAAGAGGGCUAUUACGGAUACACUCAUCCCGGGGAGAGCUUCCACUGGCCGCUGACCUCCUACGCGUCCCCCACGGAAGGAGGCGAAGGGGGCUUGCCGAACUUGUGGACGAUCGAGGAGACGUCGGUCGGGGACCAAGCCAUCCUGGUCAUGAAGGAAUUCGCUGAGGAGAGGACCUUAACUCUGUGAAUCCUGAGGGCAGGAGAGGGGACUCCAUUCGGCCUUCACGGGUCAGCCACCAUCACCUGGUUGAAGCAAGAAGCCACCGCCAAACGAGCGCUAUUUUUCCCCCUCAGAAGGUUGAUGCCUCUGAAAGCGGAGACUUGCCGCAUCCUGAGGGCGGCGAGCGAUUGUCGAAAGGAUCACACUUGCUCCGGUUUUCACUGAGGUGGAUGUUGAGGUCCCCUCGGAUUCUGCAACUCCACCUCAACAACGGAUUUGCCUGUUCGUUUUGGAGGCAGAAAGAGGCGGACUUCUCAGAGGCGAACUUUCAGGAGGGGAGAAAGAGACACCGACGGCUAACAGUUAUGGUGUCUCGAACCCCGCGUUGGCUUCGCUAGCACCGAGAACUGUUCCGGUUCCUCCAAUGAAGUGGAAGAAAAGAGAUUAAUCAUGAUUCAGCGUCUUAAGGAGCAACACUGGAGUCUUCUCCAUUUGAAGCACGAGUAGUGAUGGCCGGGGUGGCAGGAAUAAGAAUUGCCUUCCUGCUCCUCCCAGUUUGGGUUAAAUCUAACAAAAAUAAGAAAGUUAGAUACUGCACACCCUCUGGUUCCCACCAACCAAACCCCCAAUUCCAGUGGGAUGUGUUUAAAGGGUUAGAUUUUCUUGAUACUGGUAGAUGAAGGCAUACACUCGCAUGCGUGUAAGUGGAUUAUAGGUUUUUCUAUAGCAAGUGUCUAAAAACAGGUGGGGAGGGUAUCAACAGUAGAAGAACAUGUUCUCUGUUUUAUAAGGGGAAAAAAGAUGAACUUCAAAAUCAUGGCAAAAAUCAAUAGGUUAGAUGAAUGUGACAUCUGAUGGCUGCAUAGCAGAAGGGAUUUUGAACGGGGGGAGGGGGGACAAAUUGAGUUGAUUGGUUUUCUUAAGCAAAGAAUGUUCACAGAACUAAAGAGCAAAACUAGCCGUUUAUAGCCAGGUUUUUAAACCCCAGUGUUUAACAGGUGAUUUGGAAUCUUAACAUCCAGGAGCAGGAAUUUCUGCGUCCUGCAAACUGAAAUCUCUCUCUUGAGAUAUGUCUCAGUUACUGUUGGAAGGAUCAUGUCUUCGCAAGGUUGGUGAAAACUUGGAAACGUUGUUCAGAGAACGUGCUAAGAUUUGUUCGGUUUUGUUAAGGGGAGAGAGUCCCUCCAAAACAGCCCUGCUGACCUUGUGAAUUGUUGCAUAGGUCAGUCAUGGUGUAAAAUUAGCCUUCUCCAACCUGUCCUCAAAAACGGAGCUGUUGGACUAAAACUCCCAUCAUGCUCAAUCACCAUGGUGGAUUGUCAGGUCAGAUGGGUUUUGUUCUCCAGCCCAUUUAGAGGAGACAAGCAUAGGGUCCUUUUAAGGAGAAAGGCAGGAUUAAAAACAUUUUAGAUAAAUAAAUAAACAAGGAAGGCUGGUUUAGGGGUUGAUGCAUAAAUAUCAGGGGGAUUGAACUGUCUUUCCUCAUAUACUGGCAUGCUUGGAAAUAAUAAUAAUAAUAAAAAAACCAGUACACUCAGCCACAAUCUGACACAAGUAUUAGGCGUGGCACAGCCUGUGGAUUUCAGUGAGUUUCAGGGUCGUUUGGAAUUAAGCUCUAUUUUACAUUGCAGUUAGACUUGAGGAGCAUGACUCUCAGUCGUGGGUCCCCAGAUGUUCUUGGACUGUAAUUCCCAGAAAUCCCGGCCAUCUUGGGAGUUUUAGUCUAAGAACCCCCAGGGAACCACAGUUGGGAAGCCUUGCUCUAGAAAAUGACUCAGUAAUGUGUUUUUUUAAAAGGGGAGAAUGGUGACUUAUUCUUGUUUUUAAAAGCAUGAAAAUAGGAUGGGUUACUUGGCACUACAUCCGUUUUAUGGGAUGAUACAGCACAGUUUCUUUUAAGUAGGACACUAAUCUUUCAGCCAAGGCUUUGCCUCCCACACUAAGUUCCAGUAUUAAAAACUAAGGGUAUGCUCUUUGGUAGUGGUGGUUGUGGGGGUUGACUCCAACUCCCAGAAUCUUCCCAAGAAUUCCCCAGGCAGAAUUCUGGGAGUCGUGUAACUCACCAACAUAGACCUGUAGACACUUUUGUUUUACUCACCUGGAAAAAGGCCUACCUUUGAGGCUGCUUGGCCUUCUCUAGCCUUUGCUUCCUGUUGUUGCUGUAUGUAUAUAUGGCACUUCCCAAAGAACUACAACUCCCAAGAAGCACCCUGG